CUCCCGCCCCCGCCGCGCCGCCGCCAUGGGCCCGCGCCCGCCGCGCCGCCGGGCCGAGGGCAGCUGAGGCGCCACGCGAAGAUGGGCGAGGGCGGAGCAGGGCCCGAGCGCCAGCCCGACCAGCCCGGGCGCCCCGCGCGCACCCGCCCGCGCCGCCGCGGGGAUGCCCGCGCCCGCCGCCGCGCCCUGAGCGCCUUUGUCUGCCGCCCGCGCCGCCCGCCGCACCACUGGCCUCGCGGGCCUGCGCCGCGGCCGGGGGCGCGCCCAUGAAGAUGGAGCCGGGCCGGCCGGCCUCCCCCGCGGGCGGCGCGCGCCCCGACCCCGACCCGGACCCCGAGCCCGAACCCGGCGGGCCCCACCGGCCGGCAGCCGCGCCCGCCCCGCGCCGGACACUCGGCGCCCCGGAGCCCGGAGCCUGCGCGGACGCCCGCGGGGCCCCCGGCCCCGGCCCCGGCCCGCGCCCGCCCUGCGCCGCGGAGCCCGACGGCGUCUGCUCCCCGCCUUGCCCCGACGCCGCCCCUCUCCGCGGACGGGCUCUCGGCCACGGUCCGCUCGCGGGCGGCGACGUGGGCCUGUUCCCCUGCUUCCCGGCGCCCGCGGGGGGCGAGCUGGCCCUGGACGUGGGCCCCGCCGCCCCGGGGCGGCCCCCGGACUUCGGCCACCCCUGCCCGCUCGCGACCGAGCCCGCCGCGUGCCCGGAGGACGGCCCCCGCCUCCGCGCCGUGUUCGACGCCCUGGACGGCGACGGGGACGGCUUGGUCCGCAUCGAGGAUUUCGUCCAGUUCGCCACGGUGUACGGGGCGGACCAGGUGAAGGACUUAACAAAAUACUUGGACCCCGGCGGGCUUGGUGUGAUCAGUUUUGAGGACUUCUACCGAGGGAUCGCUGCCAUCAGGAACGGAGAGUCCGAUGGCCAGCUGUGCGGGGUCGCACCUGCCCAGGACGAGGAGCCGCCCGCCUGCCCCGAUGAGUUCGACGACUUCGUUACCUUUGAGGCCAAUGAGGUGACAGACAGUGCAUACAUGGGGUCUGAGAGCACCUACAGCGAGUGUGAGACCUUCACCGAUGAGGACACGAGCACCCUGGUACACCCUGAGCUGCAGCCUGAGUGCUUGGACACCAUGGAGGAUCCCGGCCACGGUGCUCUGCUGCUGCUCCCGGGCAGAUCCCACCUGCACAGCCAGUCCGUCGUCACCGUGAUAGGUGGCGAGGAGCAUUUUGAGGACUAUGGCGAGGGCAGCGAGGCAGAGCUGUCCCUGGAGACCCUCUGCAGUGGGGAGCAUGGCUGCGGAGACCCCACUUUCCCUACCCCCAGUCCAGCGAAGCGGCUCUCCAGCAGGAAGGUGGCAAGGCACUUGCACCAGUCGGGGGCCCUGACCAUGGAGGCCCUGCAGGACCCUGCCCCAGACCCCAUGGAGGGGAUGGAGGAGGACAUUGCUGACAAGGUUGUGUUCCUGGAGAAGCGGGUGUCGGAGCUGGAGAAGGACACAGCUGCCAACGGGGAGCAGCAUAGCCGCCUGAGGCAGGAGAACCUGCAGCUGGUGCACAGAGCCAAUGCCCUUGAGGAGCAGCUGAAGGAACAGGAGCUGCGAGCCUGUGAGAUGGCGCUGGAGGAGGCGCGGAGGCAUCGAGAACUGGUGUGCAAGAUGGAGCGGGAGCGGAGCAUCGAGGUGGAGAGCCUACAGGCCAGGCUGCAGCAGCUGGACGAGGAGAACGGGGAGCUGAGGUCCUGCACGCCCUGCCUGAAGGCUAACAUCGAGCGCCUGGAGGAGGAGAAGCAGAAGUUGCUGGAUGAGAUUGAAGAGUUGUCCCUGCGGCUCAGUGAUGAGCAGGAGAACAGGAGGAAGCUGGGGGACAGGUUGAGUCACGAGAGGCACCAGUUCCAGAGGGACAAGGAGGCCACCCAAGAGCUGAUUGAGGACCUGCGCAGGCAGCUGGAGCACCUGCAGCUUUUCAAGCUGGAGGCCGAGCAGAGGAGGGGCCGGGGCAGCAGCGUGGGCCUGCAGGAGUACAACAGCCGCACCCGCGAGAGUGAGCUGGAGCAGGAGGUCCGCAGGCUGAAGCAGGACAACCGGAACCUGAAGGAGCAGAAUGAUGAGCUCAACGGGCAGAUCAUCAACCUGAGCAUCCAGGGCGCCAAGAACCUCUUCUCCACGUCCUUCUCGGAGUCACUGGCUGCGGAGAUCAGCUCUGUCUCCCGAGAUGAGCUCAUGGACGCAAUUCAGAAGCAGGAGGAGAUAAACUUCCGCCUGCAGGACUACAUUGACCGCAUCAUCGUGGCCAUCAUGGAGACCAACCCAUCCAUCCUGGAGGUUAAAUAGAGGCAGGAAAGCCCAGCCGGUGGGCCCAGCACCCCAUCCACACCCAAGAGAUGGCCACGGUGCGCACACAGCUGAGACCAGCGGCUGGGCUGGGGUGCAUUGACGGGUCUGCAGAGGGAGAACAGUGGGAGCCCUGGGAUCGGGGCCCACGCAGGAGAGGGUGGGACUGGGUCUACAGUCCGCAGAGAUGCAGAGACCACAUCUCAGGCUCAGGCGAGCCCUUCUGCAAGCUCCCGCCCAUGUGGAGACCCCCUGCCGCCCUGCCCAUCAGGGAGGAGAGGAAGGCUGCGUCCCCGCAGUGUGCUGCCCCGUGCCUCACCUGGACGUCACAGGGGCCCCAGGACCCUCUCGCCACAGGCGGUGCUGUGGGGAGUACAGGCGGGCGAGGCGGUGCACACCAGGGUCUGCUAGGAGCCGCAGGACCCGUCAGCUGCUCAGGCCACGAGCUGCCAGGGGCACUGCGGUCCAGCUUCAGAUCCAGGGACCUCCAGGCCACGCAGCUGUUCCCACGGCCCAGACCCUUGCUGCACUAACCCCCCUGGGGGCCGGGGCAGGAGACUCCGCUCUGAGUCAGGACUUGCGAGUCGCUCCAUGUGGAGUGUGCUCUCGGGAUGGGGUGCAAUGCGGGUGGAGAGUGUCCUGGUGAGAAACGGCGCCCCCAUGGCCGUGGCCGUGGCCACCCCGGGUGAGGUCCCGAUCCCCAGGCCAGAGGCCCAGUGUCUGGAAGCAGCUUCCUCUGGGAGUUGGAAGCCACUGAUGUGGCCGUCCUUCCCCGAGCCAUGUUCUGUGGGAGGCCGGGCGGUGCAGGUUGUCAGGAGCAGAGAACAGCCCCCCGGCAACGUGGGGCUUCCUUCGAGGAAGCCAUCCAUUGCCUGGCCCUGGUUCACCCCUGCCAGGCUCUGCCCACCGUGGGGGCUGCUGGGCCUGCCCCCACCCUGAGCCUGAGCGCGGGCCAGGAGCCCCUGAGUGCUCCCGGGUGGGUCAAGACCCUGCACACAGGCUGGCCAUGCUGUGUGUGAGGGCGUGUGUGAGGCGUGUGCGUGCGUGUGUGUGGGCGUGUGUGCCCCCUGCAUCCUCCAUCCUCCCUGUGGCCCACAUUCUACACUAAGAUUUAAGACGUUGCCUCGUAUUGUACAUUUUGGGGAAAGCCUUGGGUGUAAAUCAGUGUAAACUUGCAGGAGAGAUUUUUCUAUCAUGUAGAGUAGGUAUUUUUUAUAGAUUGAAGGUUGAUCAAUUUUUUAAUACUUCCGAGAGAGAAAACUAUCUGUGUAUACACAUAAAAUAUAUAUAUGUAUGAUAAUAAAUACUGGAACUCUG